AUGUUAAGAGUAUUUGGUUCUCUAACUCGUUCAAGAAGUUCGAGUGUAUUAUCACAAGAUGAUAAAAUUAAACAGAUUUUAAAGCAAGCUCAUGAUUUCGAAAUUGCUUUACAAGCAAUGGAUUAUGUUUUAGAUGACAGAGCAGAAGAAGGUUUAGCUCUAUUGAAGAAAAACGAAGCUGAAGACGGUUCAGAUCAAACUAUUAACGUGUUGGCAAGAGGUGUAAUAGAAUUUUUAGAAGCCACUUUGGGUUUUGAAGCUGAGGAAAUGAAAAAAGCUUCUGAAACUUUGGCAAAAGCUGAAAAUUUAUCCUUGAAAAGUAGACAAUAUGCUCAAAAGAAUGAUUUGAAAAGUAGUUCUCUUUAUGCUCCAGGUACAGUUUAUGCUGUGACCUACACUGAAUCGUGUUUAUUACAUGCGUUACUGAUGAUAUUCAGUGAAAGUUAUGUAGAAACUGCAAAGGCUUUGUUAAAAUUAAGAAAAGCUUAUUACAUGUUGCAAGAAAUUUUUGAAGAAAUGAAAAAAGUUAAGCAAACCAAUGGUAACAUGUCAAUCUAUAAGUCUGAAACUAAUCAUUCAGAAGCAAGUGUAGAUAGUAGCAAUGCAUCUUUCAGUUCAGUUGAUAUCCCUUACGAAUUGACAAGAGAAGAAUCAAACAACAGUUUAUAUCAAGAAUCUGCAGAAAAAGUCCAAAAAAUGAGAGUAAGAAGAUUGACAGGAUCUCAUAUUGGUAAUACCCCGGCAAUAGAUAGACUGAGAAGUGAACUGGGUUUAGAUGGUCCUAAAGUCACUACUGAAGAAAAUUCAAAUGAAUAUUCUGCUUUAUCUGAAAAUAUGGAUUUCUCACAAGCAACAAUUGAUGAAUUUAUUCAUUCAGGUGUUAACUUAUGUUAUGGUAUCUUACAGGUCGUAUUAUCUUUGUUACCAUCUGGUAUUGGUGCUGUUCUAUCUGUAGUGGGUUUCCAUGGUUCUCGUGAAGAUGGUUUGAGAUUGGUUUGGAGAGCUACCAAACAAAGAAAUAUACACGGUUGUAUAGGUUUAUUAGGUUUGAUGUUCUAUUAUGAUGGUCCUUUCCAAUUCACCGAUGCAGAUUUCGAUAUUCCUGUGCCAGAAAAUGAAUUAAAAAAGACAAAAUCAAGUUCAACUUACGAAGAAGGUGAUUUAGAUGGUCCUACAUUAUUACAUCCUGGUAAAAUUUUGGAAGAUGCCCUUUUGCAAUCUAGAGCUCUGUUCCCACACAGUGCAUUAUGGCUGUUGAACGAAGCAACAAUGCUAUCAGGUCAAGGUCGUUUAAGAGAUUCUGUCAAAUUGAUGGAUUCUAUUGAAGCUGAUAAAAUUGAAAUGAGACAAGUUAAAUCCUUGUUAAUCUUCAAUAGAGCAUUGACUUUGGUUCAUUUGCAUGAAUAUGAGAGAGCAGCCGAUGACUUCCUAUCCUUAUUAGAUAUUAGUAGUUGGUCACAUUCUUUGUAUCAUUAUUUUGCUGGUAGUUGUUACUUGGAAAUAUACAGAAUGCAUCAACUUGGUGUCAGAAAAUCUGAUAGACCAGAACAUUUCAAGCAAAGAGCCACAGAUUUGAUAUUUGGUGCUCCAAACUUGCUAACUAGAAAAAGUUUCAAUGCUAGACCAUUACCAUUAGACAGGUUCAUGUUAAGAAAAGUUGAUCAAUUUAAGGCAACACAAAAGAGAUUGAAAUUAUCUGACCCAUUAGAUGCAAUUGCAACUUCUCCGGUUCACGAAUUACAAUACUUCUACAAUGGUUAUAACAGAAUGGGUAAACAAGAUUUAGAAUUGGCUAAUAUUAUGUUAACAGAAUAUCACAACCCAGCAAUCGACGCAAAGGAGCCAAAUCAAGAAAUGAUUAAGGACUUCUUAGUCUCUUUGACUUACAGGAGAUUGGACAGGGCCGAAGAAGGUUGUGAGUUAUUGGAUAGAAAUGUCCUACCAAAAAUAUUUACAAUGGUUAAUGGUAAGGUUAAGUACUUCAAAAAGACCGAAGACCCAUGGUUAUAUCCAAGUGCUUUAUAUGAGCGUUCCUUGUUCAGCUGGAAAUUGAAGCAUAUGGACGGUUUAGAAGAAUCCAAAGAAUGGUUAACAAGAGCACAAGGUUAUGCUGAUGAUUAUGAAUUAAGUACUCGUGUCGAAAUGAAAAUUAAGGCAGCAAUUGAUAGAGUCGAUGAAUCUUUAUGA